AAUUCAGGCACUCCAAUCCAGAACAAUCUUCGGGAACUAUGGGCAUUGUUCGAUUGGGUAAUGCAAGGAACACUCCUUGGAACACAAAAAACUUUCCGCAAUGAAUAUGCGACACCUAUAACCAAAGCUAGGGAAAGGGGAGCAUCUUCAGCUGAGAUACAUCUAGGAAAUUACAUGUCCGAAAGUUUGAGGAAAAUAGUUGAUCCUUAUAUUUUAAGAAGAACUAAGAGUUCUGUUUCGGUACCAAAACCAAAUGAAAAUGGCGAAGAAAGUCAAAGCGAGGCUGGAAACAAACUAAAACCAAGUUUUCCAAAACUCAAGAAAAAGAAUGAUUUUGUUAUUUGGACUUAUUUAUCAUCUGUGCAAGAAGAAAUUUAUCGAGAUUUUCUUGGUCAAGACAGUAUCAAGGAAUUACUUGCCAGCAAGCGUUCUCCCCUCGUUUAUUUGACCAUAUUGAAGAAAAUAUGCGACCAUCCACGUCUGUUGCCACGGAGAGCUUGCCAUCAACUUGGACUGGAGGCCAAUGAUUCCCUACAUGAAGAUGAUUUUCAUACUGACAAAGGAAAAGAAUGUGCAGCGAAUAGAAUUGAUAAUAUUUCUGAUCAGACAUUGAUUGAGGAAUCUGGUAAACUUCAAUUCUUAUUGGAGUUGUUGAAACGUUUGAGAGAGGAAGGUCAUCGUACUUUGAUCUUUUCAUUGUCUAGAAAAAUGUUGAACAUGAUUCAUAGGAUCUUAUUGAACAACAAAUUCAAGGUCAUGAGAUUGGAUGGAACAGUCAGUAAGCUAAGCGAACGGGAAUUGAGAGUCAAAAAGUUUCAACAAGAUUCAAGCUAUGAUGUUUUCUUGCUCACAACACAGGUUGGAGGAGUUGGUUUAACUCUUACUGCUGCUGAUCGUGUUGUUAUUUAUGAUCCUUCAUGGAACCCUGCUACUGAUGCUCAAGCUGUUGAUAGAAUAUACAGAAUUGGACAAGAAAAAAAUGUUGUUGUCUACCGUCUUAUAACAUGUGGAACAGUGGAAGAGAAAAUUUAUCGAAGGCAAAUCUUCAAAGAUUCAAUUAUUAAGCAAAGUACUGGUGAUAAUAAAGAUCCUUACAGAUAUUUCACGAACCAUGAGCUGAAAGAAUUAUUUCAACUUGAAAGUACGACAGAAUCUGUCACACAACGUCAACUUGAAGAUCUACAUCAACAACAAAGAUGUUUGGAUCCGAUAUUGGAGGAACACCUGGCCUAUCUUCAUACAUUACCAAUAUUUGGAGUGAGUGAUCAUGAUCUGAUGUUUUCACAAGAUCCUGAUGAUGUUGACGGUGAUGUUAUGGAAGAACAUGGAGAUGUUAUCAGAACCAAGGUCGCUGAAGCUCAAAACAGGGUUGAACUUGAAGCCCAAGGAUUUACUGGAUCAGAAGUUCCUGAGCAAAGAUGGGGAGAUUUUCAUGUUGAAACGAAACCGUAUGAACCAAAAACUAAAGAAACUGAACUAUCAGACAGUGAUUCUUCUGUGAUUGAAAAACCUCAGAAACACAAAGAAAAAGAACCACAUUUCGAGAUUGAAGGACUCUAUGAUCAAUUGGAUUCACUCAAAGUUGAAGAUGAUGUGGUUGAAAAUAUAUUCAACAAAAGCAAAAUUUCCAUACCGAGUGAUGAUGAAUCUGACAUCAAACCAAAGAUUGAAGAUUUCAAGCAAAUUCACAUCCUUGAUUCUGACGAAGAAGGCGAUCAAAUGAAUCGUGCAAUAUCUGAAGAUGAAAUAUCGACAGCCGAUAGUCCAAUGGGAGUUGAUAAAAGUAACAACCAAACAGGAACCUUGGAGCAAAUGAAUCGUGCAAUAUCUGAAGAUGAAAUAUUGGCAGCCGAUAGUCCAAUGAGAGUUGAUAAAAGUAACAACCAAACAGGAACCUUGGAGAUUGGAGAAUCCUUUCUUGAAGAAUCGAAUUUGGUUAUGGAUGAACAAGAUGCAAUACCGGAGACUGAAAAAGAAUCAAACAGUUCAGAGAAAGAUAACCUCGAAUUAUCAUUUCCUAGUAGCGUUGAGGAAUCUUUCACUGCACCAACCAAAAAAAACAGAGCCAGAUUAAUAUCAGACUCUGGAGAAUCAGAACCACCAGAGGGUGAGACUAUUUCAAGCGAGGACAGGAGCGGGGAUGAAGAUAGUUUUACGGACAUGAACGACUUUAUUGAUGAUGAAGAAGAAGAGAAUGAUAGGAGGCAGGAUUCUCUUGCUUCUUUUGUGCAGGAGGAAGUGAUUGAUGAUUUUGAUUCACCUCGGAAUAGUUCAAAAAGCAGGAAAGCAAAAUUGAAACGUCGAUCAACAGCUUUACCACAGAGAAACCUCAUUGAAUCAGAUGAAAGUGUGGAUGAAUCAAAGGAAUAUAGGGAAACUGUUGAAUCGCCAGACGAAGACGAUGGGGAAAAUGACAAAAUGUCUCUUGCUCUCUCAUUUCAAUCUGAUGAUGAACUAUGAAUAUAAAACCAGUUGGACCCUUAUAUUUCAACACAUCUGUACAUAUUUCGUUUCUCAUUCCGAGCAGCACUAUGUUUAAGAAAAUGAUUCCAAUAUGUAAUAGCAUUCACUCUUCUAGGAAACUGUUGAACGGUCAGAUGAAGACUUUGGAGAAAGUGAUGUUUUUCUGAGGACUUGAGUUACCAUUCAUCAACCAAUCAAAUAAAUAAAUGACUGGAACGGAACUAAACCGCCAGUGAGAAAUAUUGACUUGGACUUAGGAUUCGACACGGAUGACCCGCACCUCUUAUGGAUUCGCGGUUUAGGGACUUUCUACCCAACACUGUAUCGUCAUUCGAGAAAUCAGUGUUGUGCGCAUAGAAUGCCCAAAUUUUCAACAUUUUUUUUAAGUGCAGUUUUGCAGCAUUUAACACCUGCACACAUUUCAUUUCUCAUUUCCUAACUUCACCAUGUCUUAAGAAAAUGAUUGUGGACUUCGAAGAAUAAUGUUGGUUCAAAUCGUUAAAUCACUCUAUUUCAGCACUUUGCUGAAUAUUUCUUAGGAGGGGACUAUUCAAUUAUCGAGAGAUAAGACAUAAUCGCAACUUUGCUAUGUUCACUGGAACUUUCUUUGUAUCAAAACUGCCAUGUUCCUUUCUUUCUGCCUUGUGCAAUGAUCUGUAUCAUGUAAUUUCAUUCAUCUUUGCUUUUCUCAGAAAUACUCAUAACACUUGCAUAA